AUGGUUAUUUUUAAAUAGAGACAUAAUGUCAAAAGUGUUAACCUUAAUGUUCAACUUGCACAUAUAAAUCAGAUAGCUGCUUAAAAUGCUCUGAUCUCAUCUAUUAAAUACUAAAUGUGCUAAAUGUUCAGAAAAAUGUUUAACUUGUUAAACAAGUGCUUCAAAUUGCAUUACUUGUAAAUUUCAAUAAAAUAAACAUUAUGUGAAUCAUAAAAUGGAUAUUAUUCUGAUUAUAUUAAUAAUAAAUGCUAUUCAAAAUGUGGUGAUUCACUCAAAUCAUUAGAUGAAGAAUGUGAUGAUGGAAACUUAUUAUCUGGUGAUGGAUGUGAUCGAAAUUGUAAAAAUGAAAAAAAAUUUAUAUGUAAAGAUGGAAUUUGUAUAACCCCAGAAUAUCCUAUUCCAUAUUUAUUCAGUUUUGGAGACAAUUCUUUAUAUAAGAAUAUUAGAUAAUACAAAUUAACAUAUAAUUUGUUUUUAAAUUUACCAUAAAAUGAUUCAGUUGAAAAUAAAUUUAUCCUACAUAUUAAGAAUUAAAUUUCAGAAAACCCAAUUGAUUGCCAAUACAAAAUAUUACCAUAAUAUUAGUUAGAUAUAAUUACUUUAAAAUUCAGUUCUGUAAUCAAUCAAAAGUUAAUUUUUCAGUCAUUUUUUGAAUUAAGCUUUAAUAGAAGUACAAAAAAUGAAGAAUUAAUUAUUUAAUAUCAAAAUAGUUCCAAUUUUAUUUCAAAUUAAGGUUACACCUAACAAGAAUCAUUUAUUUCAGCAAUUAUUCCUGAAUAUAAAUUUAUAGAAGAAUCAGCUGUAGCUUAAGUAUAAAUGGCUACAAAUGGUAAUUAAUAUGUAUUAUAUGUUAUUGGUGCUAUGUGUGGAGGAGCAAUAUUGUUUGGAGGUUUAGAUAUUUUUUAUAAUUUGUUGGAUACAAUCCAAAUGUUAUCUUAUCUGAAAUAUAUUAACGCUUAAAUGCCUUACAAUUUGUAAGAGUUUUUUGAUUUUUUUGGUUUUGCUUAACUCAAUUUUAUUUCCAAAUACUUAAACAUAUAAGAAUUAAUAGAUCCAUACAUUUCAUAUAAGAACUAAAACCUA